CCCACCUUAUAGUAGCCCCAUCUAAUUUGUAUUUGCCUAGUUUAUCGAUAAGAAUAUCAUGCGAGACCGUAUCAAAUGCCUUACUAAAGUCUAGGUAUACCACAUCCACCGCUUCACCCUUAUCCACAAGGCUCGUUAUCCUAUCAAAGAAAGAUCUAAAGCAGUGGUUCUCAACCAAGUGGUACACGUAACCCUGGGGGUAUGCAGAGGUCUUCCGGGGGGUACAUCAACUCAUCUAGAUAUUUGCCUAGUUUUACAAUAGGCUACAUAAAAAGCACUAGCAAAGUCAGCACAAACUACAGUUUAAUACAGACAAUGACUUGUUUAUACUGCUCUAUGUACUAUACACUGAAAUGUAAGUACAAUAUUUCUACUCCAUUUGAUUUAUUUUAUAAUUAUAUGGUAAAAAUUAGAAAGUAAGCAAUUUUUCAGUAAUAGUGUGCUGUGACACUUGUAUUUUUAUGUCUGAUUUUGUAAUCAAGUACAUUUUAGGUGAGGUGAAACUUGGGGGUACUCAAGACAAUUCAGACUCCUGAAAGGGGUACAGGAAUCUAGAAAGGUUGAGAGCCACUGAUCUAAAGCACUAGAAGGAAGGCUACUUUCUGCUCUGUUGCUUUAGGUUUGGUGAUACCAGCAAUUCUUGAAGGAGAAACACAAAACCCUAAACUCAGAUCUCAGCAGUGCAGACGCCAUACCACGGCAAGCAUGGAGUCCGCUCAGCUCAAGACAGCAGUCAUGAACAUUGUAAACACUUUGUGCGUUAUCGUGCAGUUUAUGCUGAACCAGAACCUGCAAAACCAGGCGGCGCGGAGUAGGCUAUGGCAGCGCGGCGGCGAGAGUGAUGAGGACAUGGAUAUGGAAUUCUAUCAAACCGCGGGCCCCGGUGCUUUGGAGAUCAUGCUGUUAAUGGGGCAGGUUAUAGCCGUGGAACGCCGAUUCUGGGCCCGGGAAACAAGCACAGACUGGUGGGACUGCAUAGUGUUGCAGGUGUGGGACGAUUCCCAGUGGCUGCGAAACUUUCGCAUGCGUAAGGGCACUUUCAUGGAGCUUUGUGACUUGUUUUCCCCUGCCCUGAAGCGCUAGAAUACCAAGAUGAGAGCAGUCCUCACAGUUGAGAAGCGAGUGGCGAUAGCCCUGUGGAAGCUUGCAACACCAGACAGCUACUGGUCAGUCGGGAAUCAAUUUGGAAUGGGCAAAUCUACUGUGGGGGCUGCUGUGAUGCAAGUAGCCAAAGCAAUCACUGAGCUGCUGCUACGAAAGGUAAUGACUCUGGGAAAUGUGCAGGUCAUAGUGGAUGGCUUUGCUGCAAUGGGAUUCCCUAACUGUGGUGGGGCGAUAGAUGGAACCCAUAUCCCUAUCUUGGCACCGGAGCACCAGGGUACCCAGUACAUAAACCACAAGGGGUACUUUUCAAUGGUGCUGCAAGCACUUGUGGAUCACAAGGGACGUUUCACCAACAUCAACAUGGGCUGGCCGGGAAGGGUUCAUGACGCUCGCGUCUUCAGGAACACUAUUCUGUUUAAACGGCUGCAGCAAGGGAAUUACUUUCCGGACCAGAAAAUAACCGUUGGGGAUGUUGAAAUGCCUAUUGUUAUCCUUGGGGACCCAGCCUACCCCUUAAUGCCAUGGCUUAUGAAGCCAUACACAGGCAGCCUGGACACAAGUCAGGAGCUAUUCAACUACAGGCUGAGCAAGUGCAGAAUGGUGGUAGAAUGUGCAUAUAGCCAUUUAAAAGGUCGCUGGUGCUCGUUACUGACUCGGUCAGACCUCAGCCAAACCAAUAUCCCCAUUGUUAUUGCUGCUUACUGUGUGCUCCACAGUCUCUGUGAGAGUAAGGGGGAGACCUUUAUGGUGGGGUGGGAGGCUGAGGCAAAUCGCCUGGCUGCUCAUUAUGCGCAGCCAGACACCAGGGCGAUUAGAAGAUCACACCAGGAAGCACUGUGCAUCAGAGAAGCUUUGAAAACCAGUUUCAUGACUGGCCAGGCUACUGUGUGAAAGUUCUGUUUGUUGAAAACCCACCCCCUUGAUUGACUCAUUCCCUGUAAGCAAACCACCCUCCCCCCUUAAAUCACAGCUUGCUUUUAAAGGAA